AUCUUAGUGGUCACGUGAUCUCUAGUGCUUUAGUGGGUUUCGAAUAAUUCAGUUUAGCUUGUAAAUAGUACCAGUGUACAUACUGUACAGAGAUAAAGAAAAGGAUGAGUUCCAGUAAUCGUGCCACCUCCAAGGGUGGCAAAGGAACAAAGGCUGAUAAAUCUCACAAGUCAGAUAAAACAGAAAGUGGAAAGAGUGGUGAGAAGCAGCAUCAGAAUAUGAGCAACAAGAAUGAAGAUCCCAGUAUUAAAGACAAGGUUAAACAGUUGAUAGAAAUGACACAGAGGUCUGAAGAAGAGGUUUGCCUUGCCCUUCAUGAAUGUGACUAUGAAUUGAAUCAAGCCAUAAAUAUGCUGUUUGAAACCAUUGGCACUGGAGAAUGGGAGACGCGAGUGAAGAAGAAAAAGACCAGGCAAGCGUCGGCGGGCGGCAAACAGGACAAGCCCGACGACCCGAACGCCCCCUCCGCCGUCCCGGCGACUGACGACUGGGACGACAAUCCCACCAUCGUGGGCGGCGGGGCGGACGACGGCGGCGCGGGGGGGCGGUCGCAGGGCGGCGGCGGGCCGGACGGCAGGAGCGCGCGCAGCAAGAACGGCCCGCCGCCGCGGCUGCACGGCCGCCACCAGAGCGACGGGCGCGGGUGGCGGGGCAGGGAGCGGCACGAGAACGACCGCAACAGCGGCCACCAGCAGCACGACGAGGGUGGCCGGCCGGACUUCCACCGCGACAGGGAGCGGCGCGGCAGGCCGGGCGGGCCGAGGGGUGGCCGGGGCGGGGGUCGCGGGGGCGGCCGUGGGGGGCGGUACGCUCCGCGCGGCGGCAGAGGCGGAUCGUCGUACGGCAAGCCGAUCGACACGUGGGACAGCUCGAAUACGUGGGACAACAGUACGGCCGCCGUCGCCACCGAUAAUCACGCUGCAGAGGAAAACUGGGACGACACUUUCCCUGGUACGGACGAAUGGUCGACGGAGGAGUACCAGGGCAGCCUGGCCGACACUAAAGUAUUCACGCCCAGCAUGGCGCAGAUGGAGGCGGCCGCCGCCAGCGAUGCCGCCGCCGCUGCGGCCGGUCAGGCGAUGGCCGAUCCCUCGAUGGGCGGUGCGCUGAUGGGGCAGUCGAUGCAGCUGCCGUCGCAGAGCCCCGUGCCGCCCAUGGUGGGCACUCUGACUGCCGCCCAGACGCAGUACUUCUCGCAGUUGCAACAAAAUAACGACACCCUUGGCAAACCCUACAUAAGUCCCAACCAGUCUUACCAAAACCAAAACUACGAGAAAACUACUCCGGCUCAGUACAGUGCCGUCAAUCAGUACCCGAGCAAUGUCACCUCUCAGUACAACACGAGUCCUGCAUCACAAUACUCGUCGUCGCAGGUGUACAGCGGCGGGCAGCAGUACGCCGGGCCGAACGGCGCGUACCCGGAGACGGCGGCCUCGGCGGCGGCGUACCAACCGGCCGCGAGCGGCGGCUACGGCGGGGCGCAAGAGCAGCCGCCCACCUCCGCCCAGCAACCAGCGUCGAGGACGAAGACGCAGCGGGCGAGGGUGCCGCCUCCUUCCAAGAUACCCGCCAGCGCUGUGGAGAUGCCCGGCGAGCUGAACUCCAGCAUCGGUUAUCUGGACGUGCAAUUCGGAGCGAUGGAUCUGAUCGACGCCAAUUCCUCUUUCGAUACCAGCAUCGACAGCAAAUACGGGGUGGCACAGACGAACAGCUUGGACGCUGCGUCGACGACGCCCACCAACAAUUUGGAUCUCAAUACUUCUAAUCAAAACUCUAACCUGGACGCCUACUCUCCAAAGACUAACACACAAAGCAGUAUUAGCUCUGCGUUGUCACAGAGCCUCUCGAACUCCGACAGCAUUCCACAGCCGAGCACAGACGUCCUCACCGCAAAGUACAACAGCAGCAGCAGCGCACCUGCCUCGUCGGCAUCGGCGACGUCGAGGAGCGCGACGCAGCAGGCGAGCGGCGGCGCGUCCACGACGGCGCCCUCGGCUAACGCCUCCGCAGGGCUGGACCUGAAGCAGGACGGGUACGCGCAGCAGGGCGCGUACAACGCGUACCAGGCGAAGAGCGGCGGGGGCGCGUACAACGCGUCGACGUACAGCGGCGCGACGACGACCGCCAGCUCGUACGCCUCCAACCAGCCGAACAGCUACACCGGCAACCAGGCAGGGUCGUACAGUACGCCGAGCAACUCGUACCCGAACGCGUACUCGUCGAACAGCAGCUACCAGGCCACCAACAAUUCGGCGGGAUACCCGUCGAUCACGCAGGCCGGCGGCGCGUAUCCUAGUGGCGGGCAGUCGUACCAGCAGAGCAGCCAGUCCGUGUACGGGGCCAAUGCAGGAUUGAACAACAGCUCAAGCUACGGCAACGCAUCGUCAACAAGUCAGUACAACAGCUACAAUUCUAGCAACAAAAUCAACAAAGAUAAUGCUUAUGAUAGCACUUCAAAUACUUCUGCUGGAAGCCAAACGACAACGACGAACGCCACCUUGUCUGCCAGUUCAACGCUGUCGCAAACCACAGUCAGUGUCAGUAAAGCGUCUUCGACGACAUUGGCAGCGAAAAAUUCCAACAGUGUUGUGUCGAACAUCCCGCCUGGAGUUACACCUGUUAUGAGCACGCCAUACAUCAUGGGCCAAGUGCCAUAUUUCCAACAGCCUGUGUAUUCUUAUGAAGAUAUGCAGUUGCUGCAACAAAGACUGCCACCUCAUAUGACGACCCCCUACUAUGACAUGAGUUACCAGACGCCGACGACGCUGGCCGCCGUGAGGGAGGCCGCCGCUCUCGGCAACGUCGGCUACUCGCUGUCCGACGGCCGGUUCGCCCGAGCCGACAACAACGCCUCGCCGGUCCCGUCGACCAUGUCGCAGCAGACGAGCACGCUGACGCAGGGGCACCAGGCGCAGCCCAUUUUGGCGGGGACGGCGCCGCCUCCUUAUUUCUUCGCCACGCCUUUCAAUACGCUGGCGCCGAACUACCAGUUCGGCACGAUGUAUACGCAACUGCCUGCCGCGACGAACGCUCAUGGCUCCAGCAACAGCACGCAAUACCCGAAGCCGGCAGGCUACAGCUCGGCGUACGGCAGCUACGACGCGCUCGGCCAGUCGCAGGACUACGCGAAGGGCGGCUACGCGGCCACCUCGCAGGGUCAGAAGGGGCAGGGCGGCGGUGGUGGGGGCGGCGGAGGUGGCACCUCGGCUGCCGGGGCGGCCGGCAACGAUUUGAGCGCCAUGUACGCCAAGUCGCACGCCGCCUUGGGGAAAGUCAAUUCGUACGAGAAGCAGGCCUUCCACUCGGGCACGCCGCCGCCGUUCGCCGGCGCCGGCCUGCACGCCGGCCAGAGCGCCGGCCUGGCCCCCACCGGCGCCGGCUACGCCCCGCAGGUCUACAUACCGGCGAUGGCGCCGCACCAGCAACACCACUCGACGCAUCUCAUGACGCAGCCGCUGCAUCAGGAUUCUGGAAAUACUACUGGUCAACGAUCUCAGGGUUCGAAUCAGGCAAAGAGUGGAACUAAGCAACCCUAUCAGACUUCUUACUGGAAUCAAGCAUAAGGUGUUAUCUCUAAUUGGCCGCUCACUACUUCGCCCUUCCUCUUAACAAAAAAGAAACUAGUUCAUUCAUUUAGGCGCUACUUCAUUAGCAUAUACAUACCAAGUAUUUUAUUAAAACAAAAAGUGUGAAAAGCGUCAAACUAUUUUCCUAUUGUAUCGAUUUUUAGAAUUCUAAUUCUCUGACUUCAUGUGAAAUAAAUUGAAGCCGGUAUGAUAUUUUUUACAUUCGUGAUCUAUCUAAAGUUCAUUUUUGUUUCAGUUUUCGUAUACCACUGUUAUUUUGAGAUUUUUUUUUGUAAAAUCAGUGUGCGAUCUAUUCGAAUAUUUCGGUUUUUUUAGAUUUCAAGGAACAUUUAUUUUUUGGCCAGUUAUUGAAAUUAAUUGCUUAAUUUUGUACUUGAAAGCUACGCUUUUUCAGUUUGUAUAUAUUAUACUUUUUUUAAGAAAGCUAGUAUUUUAUUUCACAUUUAGCCUUUUUUGUGGCGAAGUUGUUGGGCUCAUGUCUGAUGAAACUAAAAGUCAAUUCGGUUAGUUUUUUUUUGUUGGUAAUUUGAACUACAUGAACAUCGUUAGGAAAAGCAAAUUGUAUUUCGUCACUUAUUGCAGUACACAGGGUUCUCACACUCGAUAAUUCCUACUGCUGUUUUCGAUUAUCUGAUUGUGAAAGUUCCUUUCAACAUUUAUUCCACCCAACUAGAAAUUACUUCUGAAUUUUUUUCUUUUUUUAUGGAAAUGAUCUUCAAACGUAGAAUGUUUUUUCAUAUUUCGAUAUCCUAUGUGGUAAUAGUGUGAGUUUUUGAUGGAUUUUCAAGGUAUUUUGAACUGAACUUUUAGGUUGCAGAAGGUGCACAGCCUCUAGUACUGCAACAUGAUGCAUGUUGAAUGAGAGUUCAGUACAUUUUCACUUCAAGAAUUUUGAAUUCAAUUUUUUUUUACCAGAAUGCAGUGACAUCGAUAUAAUCAAAAGGUAUAUCAAUAAGGGGUAGCCAAUUUGACUUUACCAUUCCUCUUGCGGUAAAUAGUGUCUGUAGUUAAUUGACUUUCACUAUCAAAAUUUGAUUGUUGAAUUGUGUAAUGCUUCGAAGGGUGUCCAGUUGAUUAAAACUGAUGUUGGUGAUUUUUCGCUUCUCGUGUUUUUUUGAUGAAUAUGACAGUUGAACACCAACAACUUGUUUUUCAUAUAGAUAGUUUGAAUAUUCAUGAAAUGAAAUUCCAAAAUAUAUAUUUUGUAAAUUUCUUGAAAUUCUGUAUGUCGCUACUUCGAAAUUGGGAACCAUCUCCCAAGAAAUUCUAGUUUCAAUCUAGUUUCCACACGUCAGACUGCUGAAAUAUGUUACGUGCCAUGCAAACCUCACUUGUUGAGAUAUUUCUUAUAUGGAUCCAAAAACAACAACUCAGAAAAAAAAUAAUUUUCUCACUCAACAGACACGAAACAUGCGAAGUGGAAUUUCCUUAGGGAGAUUAUACAGUGCUCUUAAUGAAAAAUACUACCUACAUAGCCAAAUUAUUCGGCCACAGUAGGACCUGAGGGAAAGGGGUAUGGCUCGAUAUCUCACGCGAGUCAUGUCUUAUGUAGGGUCUAAACGUGAAAGCACGGUAUGAGAUUCGCGAAAAUAUACUUCAUUAUUGAACCAUACAUCGAAUAUGAGCUGGAAAUUGAAGUAUAACAUUAUUUCAAUGAACAAAAGUAGAGUUGUCACUGUCACUUUAUGAAGGUGUAAAACCUCUUGAUGAAGUCAAUUGUUUUGUCACCAACAAAUAAUAAAAUUGUGUAGAACUUAUUUUUAAUUGGAAAGCAAUUGAUCACGCUCAUUUUCUCAAUCUCUUUGGAAAUCAACCAAAAACUUACAUUUCAUAAUCAAAAUUUUGAGUGUGUUCUACGUUUCGAUUAGGGUAUACUGUACCAUCAUUUCUCAUUAGUUCGUUGUUAGCACCUUUCAUCCCAUGUUAUUUCAUAAAAUAAGGAAGGAGCUAUGUAGUAGGCAAUUACAAUUAGAACAUUCGUUCAUCGAAUUAUUUCACAAAAGGUUUGUUUGUAAAAUGCUUUGUUUUUCCUGGUCGACAAAUUGAGAAGGCAAUGAAAAAAUGCGGACGAUUUCUUUCAAUUGUAAAUAAUGACUAGAGUAAAAAAAAUCGUACUGACCACACAACCGUGUAUCAAGUUCUGCCUGUGCAUACCCUGACUUGGAUUAGGUAAACCGGCUCACCUAUGGUACAGUGUUGCAUGACUGAUCUUGUGUUGCCUGUCCUAACAGAAUCGUAAGACGGUACGUUAAGGAUCGCUGUUUCUGUUUUAGGGCGGUAAGGUAGCCCGAGUUUAAAUCCAGUUUAUAGUUAGAUUUAUUAACUAAAUUUAAAUUAUCUUAUGUACCUAUGCUAUUUGUAUAAAUAUUCACUUUUAUUAAGGAAACACUGUAUAUGUGUAGUUUUGUUUUGUAUUUGCCGAUAACUUAUGAGAUAUGGAAUUACACGUGAAUACAUAUUUAUUUUCAGUGUGUAUUGUUUAUUGUAUUUUAUAUUUUUUCUUAAUUUGUAGAGAAGGAAGAUUAGACAAGUGAAUAAAAUGUAAUUUAUGUACAGCUGAAAUUUAAUUCUCAGAAUUUCUGUACUAUCGAUUAGACCGCAAAAGUUUCAACUUCAUCCUAUCCCAGAACAAUAAAAAUUUACUUGAACAGGGUGGCCAACUAAGACUCCAGAGUUUGAUUUCUCUGUUGUCUUGAGAGAUACAAAAAAAUUCAUGAAUCAAAAUUGAAAUAAUAACCCAGCUUGACAUUUCGAAAUUUUUUUGAAAUACACAGGGUGUUCCGUAAGGUCACAGCACAUCAAAGCUAUGUUUUUUUAUCGGAACACCCUAUAUUUUAUUUCAUUUUUUGAAUUCUCCCUGAAGAUCUGAUUUCAACGACCCAUCAUUCUUAGGGUCUAGGAGUGAAAGUUACUGAUAUAUAGGGUGUGCAAAAUCGAGAUUUUCCAAAUUCAGGAUUUUUUUUCUAUCGAAACUGUUCAUUAUUCGUCAAAAUAGUUCACAUUUCCCUAUCUCAACUUUUCACUCACUAUCAAUUGGUGUUCAAUUGAAAUUGAUACAAGGUGGUCAAAAAAUCUAAAUUUAUAAUUUGUUUCAAUUAAAUGUCAAUUGAACACCAAUUGAUAGUGAGUGAAAAGUUGAGAUAGGGACGAAUAACAGUUUCGAAAGAAAAACAUCCUAAACUUGGAAAAUCUCGAUUUUGCACACCCUAUUUAUGUCAGUAACUUUCACUGCUAGACCCUAAGUAUGAUAAGUCGUUGAAAUCAGAUCUUAAGGGAGAAUUCAGAAAUGAAAUAAAAUAUAGGGUGUUCCAAUGGAAAAAAACAUAGCUUUGAUGUGCUGUGACCUAACGGAACACCCUGUGUAUUUCAAAGAAAUUUUAAAAUGUGAAGCUCGGUUAUCACUUCAAUUUGAAUGCAAAACUUUUUUUUGUUUCUCUCAAGACAACAGAGGUAUCGAACUCUCGAUUCUGAGUUGGCCACCCUGUACUCUAUUUCUAGGAGAACUAACUUAAAUUUUGAAUAAGCAUUUCAAGCAACUAUUCUGAACAUCUAUCUUUCCAAUCUGACCUAAAACGUCCGAAUAUCCGAAUAAAAUUAACUAAAAACAUUAAAUUAUUGUUGGUCAUAUACAGGGUAUGUCACGACGAGUUUACACUAUCUAUAUGGAGAAUCAGUCGGGAGAAAUCCAUGAAUAUACAGGGUGACAUAGAAAAAAGUACAUUUGCAUAGUGCCACACAAUAGAGGAUACUAAAAUAAGAAAAAAAGUUCCUAUGAACAUGGGUCCGCAAGGCCAUCGGUUUAAAGAUACGGGGUGUUGAAUUUUAAUGGAAAAAGGUAUUGAAGUACAAGGGCAACAAUUUGAACAUCUUCGCUCAGGGUGAUCAGAAUUCUUAAUCUUGAACCACCCUGUAUCUGUUUCGAUCAAAUAUCAAUGUUGCUACUACUUUCUAGUAGACGUGGCAACACUGCAUUGUCGAAAAUAUUUUAACUGAAGAGAACGUAUUCCAAAAUAUAAGCAUGCACAGGAUUUCUCCCGACUGAUUCUCGAUAUAAAGAUAGUGUAAGCUCGUUGUGAUAUACCCUGUAUUUCAAGAUAAUAAUUACUGUACACAUUGAAUCAUGUGAGGUGUUUUUUCAUAUAAUAACAGCGAAACUGAGAGAUGAAAAGAUACUGACAUCAGAUUCUUAUUCAUUGAGGAAACAUUGUGUGUAAUCUUUCAGAGCUUUUCCGAGGUCUCCAGACAUGUGAAAAAUGUUCAAAAGGGUUAACCUUGUUUAUUUUUAGUAUCUUAAAAGCAUUCAACCCUGAGUUUUCAUGUUUGAUAUAGAAUAUUAAAAUGCUAUUGGUGUUCCAUGUUUGACCUCGUUUUGCUUUUUUUCCAAAUUUUGAUAUAACAACUAUUUUAUAACUCAUUUGACAUUAAGAGAACUAAAAAUUGAAAAUACCGGUUGUAUUUAUUAUCUGUCCUCCACUGUUGUACUUCCUCAAGCAA